GCCCCCGGGAACUGGCGGAGGCGGGUUUCGUGCACAGUCAGAGCGCUACGGGGAAUCAACUAUCGCCGUCGAAGAAAUUGGAUUUUUACGCGGCCUUUGGGAUUGUUUUAUGCCAAGGAGACGAAGACGUAAUGUUACUAGGCCUCCCACGUGUUCCAUCCGCGUUACCUUCACCUGCAGGCAGUCCUUUUACGAUGAAAGCUCUCGUCUAGAGCUCGUUUGGUCAAGAAGAAGACAAACAGGGGAACAGGAAGGAAGUAGACCUUUUUGAAUUGAGGUGCCAUGGCCUACUCCAGCUACAGCAACCUGAGCAGGGCUCAGCUUACCUUUGAGUACCUGCACACUAACUCGACAACCCACGAGUUUUUAUUCGGCGCCUUGGCUGAGCUUGUGGACAACUCAAGAGAUGCCAAUGCAACGAGAAUAGACAUCUACACCGAAAAAAAACCGGAGCUGCGUGGUGGUUUUAUGCUCUGUUUUUUAGACGACGGCAUUGGAAUGGACCCAAUCGAGGCUACCCACGUGAUUCAGUUUGGAAAGUCAAACAAACGCUCGCCGGAGUCCACUCAGAUCGGCCAGUAUGGAAAUGGCUUGAAAUCGGGCUCCAUGCGAAUUGGGAAAGACUUUAUCCUGUUCACCAAAAAGGAUAACACGCUAACGUGUCUUUUCCUGUCGAGGACUUUCCAUGAAGAAGAAGGGCUUGAUGAGGUUAUCGUGCCGCUCCCCUCCUGGGAUCUGAAAACCAAGGAGCCGCUGACCUCUGACCCUGAGAAGUACGCGAUAGAAACCGAGCUCAUCUUCAAAUACUCGCCGUUUAAAAACGAGCAGCAGCUGAUGGAGCAGUUCAGCAAAAUCGAGAGCAGCAGCGGUACUCUUGUGGUCAUCUAUAACCUAAAGCUGAUGGACAACGGGGAACCAGAACUGGACGUAGAGUCGGAUCACCAGGACAUCCUCAUGUCUGGGACACCGGCUGAAGGAGUGAAGCCAGAGAGGAGGUCAUUCAGGGCGUACACCGCUGUUCUGUACAUCGACCCCCGCAUGAGGAUUUUUAUCCAGGGACACAAAGUCAGAACCAAGAGACUCUCCUGCUGCCUCUACAAACCAAGGGUUUACAAAUACUCAUCAACGCGUUUUAAAACCCGCGCUGAGCAAGAGGUGAAGAAGGCCGACCAUCUGGCAAAGAUCGCUGAAGAGAAGGCGAGGGAGGCAGAGAGUAAGCGCCUGGCCAUGGAGGCCAGAUUGGGAGAUGAUCUGACGAAAGAGUCCAGGGCGAUUCUCAGAAAAGUGCAGGACUCGGCCAUGAUGCUGCGACGGGACGCCGACAUACGGAAGAGAAACCUAGAAGCCAAACAGAAAGCACUAAAGGAGCCCAAGGACUUGAAUUUUAUAUUUGGUGUAAAUAUUGAGCAGCGGGACCUGGACGGGAUGUUCGUGUACAACUGCUCUCGUCUCAUCAAGAUGUAUGAGAAGACGGGUCCUCAGCUCGAGGGAGGCAUGGCGUGUGGAGGAGUAGUUGGAGUUGUCGAUGUUCCGUAUUUGGUGCUGGAGCCGACCCAUAACAAGCAGGACUUUGCAGAUGCCAAGGAGUAUCGGCACCUUCUGAAAGCCAUGGGGGAGCAUUUAGCUCAGUACUGGAAGGACACCAACAUUGCCCAGAAAGGUAUAGUGAAGUUCUGGGAUGAGUUUGGAUAUCUGUCUGCCAGCUGGUCUGCACCUCCAACUUCAGAGCUCAGAUACAAGAGGCGCCGUGCCAUGGAGAUCCCGAUCACGAUCCAGUGUGAUAAAUGCUUGAAGUGGAGAACGCUGCCUUUCCAGAUGGAUGCAGUGGACAAACGCUACCCUGACAGCUGGGUUUGUCUCAUGAACCCUGACGGCACCCAGGACAGAUGUGACGCUCCAGAACAGAAACAGAAUUUUCCUGUUGGGGUUUUAAAGAGAGACAAACCAACAGCUGAAGACAAACAGAAAGAGCUUGCAGACAAAAUCAAACAGCAGCAGGAGAAACUACAAGCCUUACAGAAAACCAGCACAAUUAAAUCUGCAGCAGAUAUCAAAAAGCUCCCGCUAGAGGUCAGCAUGAAACCAACAGAGACCUCAGGUCAGACGACUAGGUCUUCAGAAAGGUCUGCGACACGCCCGCGCUCCCCGCCUCUCCCAGCUCACCUGAAGAACGCGACGAGCCUCCCUGCGUCACGUGCGGCUUCUCAGCGUCCCACCCGAGCGUCUGCAGCUCCCGCUACGCCGCCUAAACCAGAACCGUCCAGGACCAGAGCUGCAGCCAAGCCUGCAGCAAAGACCCCUCCGGCCGCAACAAAGUCGACACCCAAAGCUUCUGCAAAUGCAGCUCUGUCCAGUCGCAGCUCCCGGGCCUCUACCAAAACAUCAUCUGUCAAACCUGCUGCAUCUGCUGGACAGCGCAAGAGAAUAAUGGAGCAGGAGGAAAGUGAGGAUGAGGAGGAGGAAGAAGAAGAGGAGGAGGAAGAAGACAGUGAGGAGGAGAUUGAAGAACCACAAACAAAGAAAUCCAAGAUGGCCACAGCUGCCAGUAGCCGGGGUAAAGUGGUGGAGAAGGCCCCGCCUCCAAAACGGGGGAAGUUGGAGGAGGAUAAAACGCACAUUCAGGCUGAGAAGAAAGGAAUAUCCUCUCCUGCUCGGCAGCCGCCACCUACGCCCACCUCUGUCCCUAAAGCUGCUCCCUCACAGCAGCAAGGGGCUAAAGAGAAGCCCCCUGAGAAAUCCCAGCAGAAGGAGCCAGAGAACGACAUUAAAAACGCUCAGAAAGACAAAGGUCUUCUGGUUGAAGUGCGCGUCAAUAAGGAGUGGUUUACUGGAAAAGUCAUAGCCGUGGAGGCCAACAAACAGAGCGUCCGCUGGAAAGUCAAAUUUGACUACGUCCCACGCGCCACCCCCAAAGACCGGUGGGUGUUCAAAGGCAGCGACGAAGUGCGGCUGAUGCGGCCGCCGUCUCCCAACUCUCAGAGCCCCGACACCCAGCAGGAGACGGAGAGAGGUUCAGCCCCCAUGGAGCCGGACACCACCCAGCCUGGGACCAGUCGAGAGGUGACAGACAGCCUGGUCGCCAUGCUGAGGACGAUGCUGCGUUACUUCUUCCCUCCUGCUUUCCGGAUUCCCAAGGACGAUGUUAACAGCAUGACAGCCGAGGAGCUGAUAGCGUUUCCACUGAAAGAGUAUUUCCAGCAGUACGAGUCGGGUCUCCAGUCGUUGUGUAACUCGUACCAGAGCAGAGCCGACGCCAGGGCCAAAGCUGUGGAGGAAAAGAACAACAACACCGAGCUCAAGCUGAAGGAAGCGGACGAAAAACUACAGAAACUACGAACUAAUAUCGUAGCCCUUCUACAGAAAGUGCAAGAGGACAUUGACAUAAACACGGAUGACGAGCUUGACGCAUACAUAGAGGACCUCCUCACCAAAGGCGACUAAAGAAGACUGAAUUGGACAAAUAAAGUAAAAUUCAAGACAAAAAAAAAAAGACUCCCGAGUAUUCGGCUGAUCCGUUGCUUACUGAUGACUCCCAAGGACCACUGCUUCUGUCCGGUGAUCCACGAAUAUUUGCGGUUGUAUUCAUUUCUCCACACCUUAAACCCUAAGUUCGAUUUCUUUCUGUAUUGUCGGUUAGCCCUGUGGUUUUCCUUUUUAGUCAUUUUAUAUAUAUAUCUGCUCAUAGACUGUUUGUUUAAAACCUGUUAUCCCCAUUUAAUGUUGUAAUUUUUGUAGGUUAAUAGAAGGUCCCUUUUUAUAUGUGCAGCCCAUGUUAUAAGCUACACUCGUUUUUCGUUCGGUUCUCCAUCAGGAGGGUGCUGCAGGUCAACAAAAGCAGUGACUUUUAUUUUUGUACACUAAAAAGCAUCAGCGUUGCCCCCCCAUCUUUGUUCAUCCUGGUCGGCGGAUUAUGUAAAAAACUGUGAGACGUCACGUCCACCAUCAACACGGAUGACGACUUUUGUUUUAUCGGUCUAAAUGUUUCUUAAAAGCCUCUACAGUUGUUUUCUGUUUCUUUGUUUUCAAAAAGGAAAAAAAAAGAAAAGAAAAAUGUCUGUUUAUUAUUUAGCGGCUCAUGGUUCAUUUUGAAAAGCUUUUUAACAAGUCAUGGAAAUGUUUUAUUGGACAGUGCAUGCCUUUCAGUCUUGUUCCAGUUGAAACAGUUGUGUGUUUUUGACAAACCUUUAUUUACAACAAUAAACCCGGUUCAGGAUCAUUUCACUUUUAUCUGCCUGUGUUUGCAUUGAUAACCUGAAGCUCAGUGAAAUAAUUUUUUUCCCUGUUAUUUACCCUGAUUAUAUAUAAUUUCUAAUAUCGUUGUGAUAGUUUGAUUGUGACUUCAGACCAUACGCCUCAUAUUCUGUGUAUUUUAGCACAAAGUAGAUUGUCUGAAGGUGAAAGGAAAAGGGUUUUUGAUAAAUGUUCUGCAAAGUCCGUCACUCAGUAGUUUUUAGGAGCUUUUAUUCUGAUGCCUCUGGAUAAAACCCAGUGCACCCAGCUGCCUUCAAAAUGUGAUUUAAGUCACACAAUCGUCUACUUGUAUAAUUUAUGGUAAUCUGAACACACAUGGUCCCUACGCAGUCUGGAAAAUGUCUGGAUUUUGAUUUGAUUUGUUUUUCAAGUGUGGAACAAUUGAAUAUAAACAUUUUACAUUUCCACAUGUAGUCCUAUUCCAGUCUCUGAAACAUAAAUACCCGAACUUCUUUUAAACUACAAGACUUUUAAUAAUUUUUAUUUAGCUUACCACAACAAAGUUUUAUGCUUAUUUUACACUUUUUGUUACUUUAUUGAUCAUUUUCAGUUACUAAUGGAGAAAUCAUCUAUUGCAGAAUAAAGGACCUUUACACU